AUGUUGACUACUUUCUACUACCUAUUUCUUUUGUCGACAAGAACCGAAUCUAAUUCUAACUUUUACACGAAUAGUUAUCUUCAGUAUGACUGUAUAUACUAUUCUUAUUCAACGGGGUUUUUACUACCAUUGAAAAUAGAAUAUUGUUUUCGAUCGACGACUGAUGUUGAUCUCAUGCCGAUAGCAAAUUUCAUCAAUACUCGCGAUCAAAAUUAUACAUUUCACCAACUAUUUCAAAUCAAUGUCACUGCCUAUGACAUUUUCCAUUGGUCGGCCUCCAUCGAUCUCACCAAACAGUAUCAAGACUAUUUCGAUCAUCACAACACAUCUCUUCAAGCUAAUCAACUAUUCUAUAACUGUACACCACCAUGGUUCGGAUCUCGAUGUCAGUAUUUUUUGGAAUCCGACGAAGCCGCAUGUUUCGAUCUGGAAAUCAACGAGUGCGAACCGAAUGAAUAUCGCUGCCACAACGGACAAUGUGUCGAUGAUUUCGAUGAAUGUAUCAACGGACGACAUCUCAUGCUGCUGGAAUCGUUGACUGUGCAAGGAUCCUCACCUGAUGAUUGUUGGUUGGCCAUGGUUUGUCUCACUCGACUAAUGCAUCCUAUCAAUCGAACAUUCUGCAACGGCACAUCCAUCCAUCCUUCUCAUCUUCAUGCAUGUGAUCAUCUCAUUCAGUUUCCCAUCAAUCCUGUCUUAUUCGGUCAUGUUCACUCUCUCUACCAUACAUGUCGUCAUGCUCAUCACAUGAGACUACCACAAAACACAAAGUAUCAUGGUUGGAAACACAUGAUCCGUGUCAUCAAACCAUACUUUGUUGGUUGUGCUACUCGUGCCGAAACUUCGAAAUACAUCUCGAAAUAUCGAAUAGCUGAUAACAUCACUGACUGCUAUCUGAACGAUGAUGAAGAAGAUCACGAACUCAGUUGUUUCCUUGAUCAACCACAUCGUUUCAAGUGUGCGAAUGAAAGUCGAUGUCGAUCGCCCAUACUUCAACGAUUGGGUUGUCCUUUGGUUGAAAAUGAGACGAAAACGAUCGACAGUAUCUUGUUCAACCAGAUAUGUGAUGGAGUUGUCGAUGUUUCAGUUGAAGUGGUCGACGGUCUUGGUCACACGGAUGAGACUGACUGUGAGCAUUGGCCAUGUAGCAAUGUGUAUAGCCGAUGCGAUGCUUUCUGGAAUUGUCGUAAUGGUGAAGAUGAAGAAGCGUGUCGAGCAUCGAACUGGUCUCGUGGUUUGUUUGAAUGCAUGUCACCACUCAGCUAUACGAUGAUAUGUUUAGCAGCUUAUAAUGUUCGAGAUGGGACAGUUGAUUGUGUUGGAGGAUUCGAUGAACCACAAUUAUGUCAAGGUACGAAUGCAGCAAGCGAAAGAUUGUACCGAUUUACUUGCUUGGAUGGGAGAACAUGUGUCAAUCCGUUUACACUUUGUUACUCAAUGAGCAAACUAUACAACAAAGACGUAUGCAUUGAAUGGAUGGACUAUGAUCUCAGUAUAAUCCAAGAUAAUAUUUGCCAUGCUAUUAGAUUAGAACGCGCUCCAUUUCCUUCAGAAACGUCUGAAGUAUAUCCAGCAGUUGAAAAGAAAGUCAUCAUUCCUAAUAUUGAACCGGCACGAAAACCGAUAAGGGUUUACUCCUUAUCUUUGCAUUGUGUACGUGGUUUGCCCGUUCAUCUUUGGCUAGGAAGCGAUAUUCGAACUGCGAGAUUUGCAAAGAUCCAUUCGAUAGGUAUCUAUUAUACUCAUCCAGAUCAACAAAUAUUUCCAAAACCUACAGCAUUCAUAUUGAUGCGUAUGACAAGAGCUCUACACAAUAUCUUGCUAGUUGGUUGUAGAGUUCCGUUUCUGUUCCUUCCGGUUAAUCGACUAAAUGUUUUGUUAACGCUGGACAGCCGAAGAGCAAUGAGUCCUAGCUCUUGCUCUUUGAAAUGCGAUCACGGUGUCUGCAUGAAAUAUGCCAACGAAGAAAAAUACUUCUGUCGAUGUAAUCCAGGGUGGUCCGGUACUCGAUGCCAUAUUCAAACCAACUGUAGUGACUGUUCAUCAGACUCGGUUUGUGUUGGUCAAAUCCAUAAUCGAUCGAUCUGUAUUUGUCCUCUCGGAAAAUUCGGCAAUCAUUGUCUGCUGAAACAUUCAUGUCCAGCAAAUUAUUGUGAAAAUAAUGGUCAAUGUAUAGUUACCAGCGAGCAGAUAAUCGAUAAAAAUUAUCAAUGCUUGUGCUCCGAACAGUUUCAAGGUGCCCGAUGUGAAUAUCCCAAAUCAAUAUUGAGGAUUUCAUUCCACAGUUUAGACGUAUCAGCUUAUUUGAUAAUUUACAUUUAUGAGUCUCUUUAUUUAUAUUCAAGACAUCCACAGGAUGUCAUAUUGAGAGUAGCUGCCUAG